GAGACAAUAACCUGUCUCGCUCUGCAGUUGGAAAUUACCGCUCACGGGCUGGGCUUGGGAGCAGAGUGCAGCUCUUGCGUACCAGGAAGUCAGUCAGCAGAAGAAAAUUUCCGUGUUUACAGCCAUGACAGGAGCGUGAAUGCAGAAAAUCAUUCAGAAACAUGUCUGAGGAAAUCGUGGAGGAGCGGACUGUUGAGGUGUAUGAAAUACCUGCCGAAAUUGAGGAUGAAUUCUUGAUGUUGUACUUUGAAAACAAGCGGCGUUCUGGAGGGGGACCACUGGUGUCUCUGAACAGGAGGGGUAGCUGUGCAGUGUUGGUGUUCGAAGAAGCAGAGGUUGCUGCAAGGGUUUUAGCCAAAGAACCCCAUGUGCUGCAGGGUGCUUCGCUGACCGUUAGAAAGCAAGCCCCUAAGGACCCUGGGAAGUUGCUGCUCCGUGGGAUGAACCCCAGAACCAGCCUGGAGCUGCUGGAGCUAUAUGUGGAGAAUGUCACAGGGAUAAAAGAUGGAGGCUACACAUUAUACCCUUCCCAAGGGAAAGACUUAGCUCUGAUUCACUUUCACAAACCGAUUUCAAAGGAAGAAAUUCAAAGAUUGUUUGCAAAAAUCAAUGAGAAGCUGUUGGAUGGAGCCACGAUUCAGCCGGAACAGAUUGAACAGACAAACACCAUUUUGGUGGAGAACCUUGCUCCCAGCACCACUGAAGACAUGCUCACUCUUUAUUUUGAGAGUAGACGUGGGGGUGGGGGGGAGGUGAAGGAAGUCAACAUGAUUUCAGAAGGGAGAGCCAAAGUCAUCUUUGUGGACUUUGAACCUGUGGAACGCAUACUGAAACAGACCCACAAACUGGAGGAGUGUAAUUUGAACAUCCAACCUUACUAUGACUUCAUGGAAAGAAAAGCAAACCCACAAUCUUUGAGCCCUCUGAAUGGUAUAGGGCAACUGAGCGAUAAUAUCGAACAUGUGCUCACAAGCAGUCUUGGUAUAGAUGAGAGUCCUCUCAUAGCAAUGGAUACAUCAGUUUCAGAAACCCUUCCCACCACAGUACGGGGAUUGGAAACAGUAGAAGAGGCCGGGGAUAGGGUCGGUCUAGCACCACGGGCAGAAGCAGUUGAACCAAACAAGGUGAACAUUCUGUGUCGCGCACCCUCUAUUCCUUUUUCCAGUCACAUUUCCCUACCAGACCCAAUGAAACUCAACCUGUUGAAGAAUAGCCUGCUCUUCCAAGACCUCCAGAAGUCUCACUCCAGCUUUGAUAUCAGAAUCAUGGACAGCGCUGUGGAGAUCUCAGGACCAAGCCAGCCUGGUGUCCAACAGCUGAAGAGUCAAAUCCUUGAGUUCUUCAGUGAAAUUGCACAGGCGCAUCUAACAUUUGAUGAGGAGAAGGCCAGAUUACUUGUGAGGGACGAGGUGAAAGACAGACUACUGGAGCAUCUGAAACGGCAGGGCCUGCCGUCCACCUACACGGUGUCGGAUGGCGUGGUCACAGUCACGUCGUCAUCUCUAAAGGCUGUGAACGAAGCUUGUAAAUUUAUCAAGUCUUCGAUCUCUGAAUUCAACCUAGCAGUCACCCCAGAAUAUGAGUGCAUGCUAUAUUCCAGGGAGUGGUUUGCAUUCUUAGACUCAUUGGGAUUCUGCACUGUCGCCAAUGGAGAAAACCAGAUUAAAGUUGUGACUCUGGCUGGUAUGGAGAACGAGAAGAAGGACGGUAUCAUUGGGUUUCUUAGCACGCCUAUCCAAGUGGAGACGGUGAUUACCAUGGAGCCCGGGAAAUUGAAAUACAUUCAGAUCCACUGUCACCAGCUACUGGCUGACAUGGAACAAGUCUCAAUAUUUCCACUGGAAUCAGAAGACGUCACUGGAUUUAGAUUGCAUGGGAACGCAAAUGCCUGCCAGAUUGUGGACGAGGUACUGCGAGGCGUGGUGAGCUCGGUGCUCACGAGGACCAUAACCGUAAACCAGCCAGGAGUGGCCCGCUUCCUGGUCGAGGGGGAGGGAGCCAGCAUCCUUGCAGAAAUGCAACACAAGUUUCAGGUUUACAUCAGCACGGAGAAAGUCCACUGGGAACCUCUGGAAGACCAGGACAUCUAUGAACUGGCAUGGAAAUUGACAUCUGAGCAAAACUUUAAGAGAAGCCUCUCGGACAGCCACUCUGGCUCUGUACACCGUCUGAGCCCAGCUUUAAGCAGGACUGAUCUUAACUCUAAUGAUGUCGAUGGUGCUGACAGAGAACUAAUAGAGGAGGCAAAGAGGCUCGUCUCAGUCAUUGAUCCAGUACAAGAUCUGGAAGGAGAGGAUUUGUACACUGCUGAACCUAUGGCUCUCAGUUUAUCCAUUGACACAGACAACCAGGAUGAUGAUUGUACCAUGGUUGUGGAAGAAGUGCUGCGGGUUGCACCAGAAGGAAAGGAUAACGCCGAGCUACAGACUGAAGAAGAAGCAGCGGCCUGUGCCAAGCCACCCUCCGUGGGGCCUUUAAUGACACAAACAGACCUUGAGGAGGAUGCUAUGCUGUCCUUGGCGAUACAGUACUCAAUGGAACAAGGCAGCUCAGCGGCAGAUUCAGACGACGAACUGCAGAAAGUUCUGGAAAUGUCCAGGAGAGAAAUGCAGCACGAUAGCGCCGCUGAUUCUCAGCUUGAGAAGGCCAUCCACAUCUCGCUCCAGGAUGCCAUCAAGGCCGCCAACACUGCGGAAAUUUGCGUGUUCGCUGGCUAUAACCAUGACCUGAUCAGAGUAGACAUUGCCCUUGGGAAGAAGGUCAGCCUGAGGCAGUGCGAGGAGAAGGUCGAGCACAAGUGCCUUAAGAGCCUGUCCGAGCACCAAAAGAAGUGUGUGGAUCUCAUCCAAAGGAAACAUGCAGUGCAGGUUCUCGUCCAGGGAACCACCGCCACAGUCUCAGGGUUUAAGGACUACGUCUUGGAGGCGGUCGCCGACCUGAAGAAGCUGCUGAGCAAGAUUUCGAACAUGGAGUCUGAUUCUGAAAUUUUGCGCAAUGUGCAGUGGGUAUGGCACGACUCAAACUCACAGCCAAUACCGUACCCUGCCAGCGCAACUGUUUUCAUAGAAAAUGCCUGGAAAAUGAGGCAGAAGAAGAUCGAUAUUGUGUUUGAUGAUAGACCUUACAGCAUUGACUUUGACAAAAUGGAGGAAUAUAACAUUUCCUCCGGGAAGUCUAUUCAGAUCGAGAGGAAAAUUCUGAGUGCCGUCGACUUGUACAUGGACAUACCAGAUGAGGAUUUCAGCCUCUUAUCUAACCUGCCUGAUGCAUCCAGAGUUGAUGAGGACUCCGAUGAGUUCCAAGAUGUUGUCAGAGAGUUUUAUGAAAGUAUUCAGGAAUACCACAACAAAAUAAAAAUUAUAAAGGUGGACAAACUUACGAAUACGCUUCUUUACAAUCAGUAUAAGUUAAAAAAGGCCAGUAUGCUACGGAGUGGCACGAGCGCAGAGGUGGAGAGAACUCUAUACCAUGGAACAGGUGAAACCAGCGUGAAGGAGAUCUGUGUUCAUGGUUUCAACAGAAGCUUCUGUGGGAAGAAUGCUACUGUGUACGGCCAAGGGGUGUACUUUGCAGUGAAUUCGGCUGUGUCCGUCUCAGACCAGUACUCUCCACCCAAUGCUGAUGGAUACAAGUACGUGUUUGUGACGAAAGUGCUAACAGGGGACUUCACUAAGGGAAGACAUGAAAUGAAGACUGCACCCCUGAAAGAGAACUCCGAUGUUCCCUUAAGAUACCACAGUGUGGUAGACAACGAGAACUCGCCUACCCUGUUUGUCAUCUUCAAUGACACGCAGGCAUACCCAGAAUAUCUUAUCACAUGUAAGAAAAUCCACGGUUGAGGCCAUUUUACUUCUGCGCAUUCUCAUUGUCUGCAAGUCUGUGGUUACAGAAAUGAAAGGCUGGUGUAAACUAACCUUUAGCUUUUAUUCUUGGAAGGAGAAGUGCUUUAAUAGACAUCAUUAAAAGUACUUUUUCAUGUGUAACACCGUUUACAUUAUUAUCUUUAUUUAGAUUCAUGGCAAGGAAAAUUAGGGGGAAUGCCACAGUGGUUUUUGAACUUCUGUAAUUUAAUUUUAAUUUGUUUUCUUUUUAUUUGUUUUGCUUUUAUUUACAUUAUCUUGUGGAUGUUUUGAGCUAAAAAUGUCUUUGGUGGACUGCAUUUUCUUUGAUUCUCAGACAGCUUCCUUUGAGUCAGAGCCUAUUUUAAUCACAGUAUGCUUUCAUAACAAUGAAGUCACAAUGAAGUUGAACUCCUUAGGAAUGUCUAUCCAAAUGACAUGCACAUGUAGAACACUGUAAUUAAAAUGUAUCAGUAUAUACAGAGCAUACCUUUCCUAGAUUUGCUGUAACAUGCGUGCAGUGCUAGCUCUAACAGACCAAAGUAGUAAUGUGAUCAGGGUGUGGAAUUAACACCAGCCACCAGCCAAAUGCUGGUAAAGUUUUGAUUGCGGUUGGUGAGAUUCUUUACUCUAGCAGUCACUUUGGCAGGUGACCAACCAAGUUGUGUUAUAUUGUACAAACUAAUGUGGGUGAUAAAUGUUUUAAAUGGCUGGUGAGUCCACAAGCCAUUCUGGCCUGUCUAUGAAAACGUUAAUUUCAUACCCCAAAUGUCCACUUUGAUUGGACAUGAAGCAAAUGAAUGUAUAGCAUAAUAUUUUCAUGAAUAUGCUUACAGAAUAGCUGGCAUUUAGUCAUAAGCCAUUGAGAUGGUAAUCAGUAAUUUGCGCUUUAAUUUGGACCUUUUCUGUCUUGGGGUUUGUGAAUAGAUGUGUCUAUUGUUUCCUUGAAUUUUCUGUAACUAAAUGAAUGGUCAUUGAAAUCUUGAUUUUGUUCACUAUGAGCCUGUAAUUUUUUUUAGCUUUUGAGCAAAAAUAAGAAUUGUGGCAUUUUGAAUGAAGAUCUCAAAAGAGGGUUGGGCUGUUUUGGAUAUUUUGAGUAAACGACAGGCUGAAAUGAAAUGCAAAAAACAAACACGAUGAGGGUACUGUAGGUAAAGGAUAUGUGAUGACACAUUAAAUGAUUAUUGCAUACUGA